AUGCAGCUUUGCUGUGCCAAUAUGGAAUCCAACAAGUAUGCUUUGCCUGCUGCGAAAAGUUGUGAUAAGCAGUGUCACCCAGUGGGCAAGAUCAAACAUGUUGGGCCAGUGACUCCUACUGAAAAAGCGGAUGCAUCAAAAGCAAGAUGUCCAAUGGAUGGCGAAGAAACCAGCAGACAGAGUGAUGAUCAGUUGCUCUCUCUCCAUGCUUCGACGCAAUCAGGAGUUGGAAUCUCUCCUAACAAUACAAGUCAUUUCAAGUUUGCAUAUGCCACUAAUUCCAUUCCAUCUCUCCUGAAAGACAAUGCAGAAUCUCUUAAAGAUUUUCUUUCCGAAGAUCUGGUGGCAUCUGAAGAUGUCAGUAUUCCGGAAAUGGACAAUAGCUUGAUGUUACACAAAGAUGAGCUAGCUGUAAGCAGUGAACUAAGCGAUUUUCUUGGUAAUGUCCUUGAGGAAAAUACUCCAAGUACUCUGGUUGCAUUGGUCCGUGAUCGUUUUAAGUCAAGUGUCCACCACUUCAGUGACAAAAAUCUCCUUAAGCUUAUGAACCAGCAACAGAGGUUGAUUCUUCCAAAUGAGUCUAAAUUGGAGGUGAAGGAGCAUACGGAACGCCAGGGCAAACAACGUCCCAGAGGCCUGGAAUAUCAAAAGAACAAGAAAUCAAAGAAGCAAAAGGAAGACAAGAUAACGAGGUGCAAGGUCAGUUCAGCAUCCAAAAAUGAUGAUGGAUGUGGCGUCAUGGUGAAACAAGACUUGUGA